AUGUGGCGACAGCUGAAACUAAAGAAGGAAAACAUCAAUUACAAAUCACCGAGUAUGUUACAGGCUAUUAAGAAAGCAGAAGAGAAGAAGAGGGCAGAUGCGGCCAAGGCGCUAGAGCAGGCCGAAAGGAGACGGAAGAGAGCCGAGUCAAGAAUUGCUCCUCAAGGAUGUUCGGACCAAACAAACCUCGACCCACCUCAAGCUAUCGCGACGCAAGAGAUGGAAGAAGGCCAAAGAGAGUUGAUUGAAGGUGGUGAAGAGGGUGUUGAAGAUGAAGAGGAGGUAGAUGAGCUAGAAGGCGCUCCAGUAGACGCCGACGACGAAUCAAGUGAAACCAAGAGCAAUUCGGGGUCUGAUUCUUCCGGCUCAGUUUUGGAGUCAUUCUUGUAUGAACAGAAGUUGGUUAGGCGCAACACUCUCGAACCCAAGCUGGAUAAGGGGAAAGAGAGAAAGAUUUCCGCAGGGGAAUCUUCGGAGGAGGAGCCGUCAAAUAAGAAGAAGAAGUUGGAUCAGUCCUUGAUAGAAAAAGACCAAAGGAUCGCUCGAGACUCGUUGAAGAAGAGCACACACCCGUCGAGUUCAAAGGCCUUGCAGGCAUCAGGGUUGUUGGGCAGGAAAACGGUCAAUUCCUUAAUGGACCGCUUGGUGGAGAAGGUCAAGUCGGGGAAAGGCAAGGAUGUGAAGAGACUUCGCAAGGAACUAGAUGUCUUACAAUCAGAAUUGGAGGAUUUAGAGGCGAAGAAGAAGAAAAGGAAGAUGGAGGAGAAGGAGAAAGAGAAAGAAGAAGGAAAGAAUGGAAAGAAGGGGAAGGGGAAGAAAGGGAAGGGAAAGAAGACGAGUAGGAAGAACAAACACUCACGUUCAUCAUCUUCAGAUGAGUCUUCCCCGUCUUCGUCGGACCAGAAAGACGACGACUCUGAGCACGGUUAA